AUGGUGGACCAAACAACAACAACUAGCACUGCCACUGCUCGAACUACAUCUCCUCCCACAGCUGCCAAAGCUGUCGUGUUGUAUGGCUACGCGACAAGCCCGUUUGUGAACAAGGUGGCCCAUUUUCUGCAGUACAAAAAGAUUUCCUUUCAGCAUGUUGCCGUUAAUCCAAUCUUUCCCUUUCUACAGCUCCACCGUUUCCCAGGCCAGCGAAAAGUGCCCGUCUUGACGAUCGAUGAUGACUGGAAAGCCGACUCAACUAGUAUUGGUAUUUGGUUGGACGAACAAUUUCCUGCCCAUCCAAAGUUGCUGGGCGACACUCCCCAAGAAACGCAAGCAAUUCUGGCGUUGGAUGAAUGGGUGACUAAUGAAUUGAUCGCAGAACUCUUUCGAACCGUGGUGGACUGGAAUGGACGUCCAUGGGAAGCCAUUGAAAAAGGAUGGAGACUUGCAUCUAUACUACAGGAUUUCACACCCAUUCCAUUCUUCAUUCGGUGGUUUUGGCCCAUUAUCUUGCGGUUUGUACCAUUUAUUCGUCGGUUUGCUUAUCCUACUACACCUUUGUUGUUGACAUUAGUACCAUCAGUGUUGGACACAAACGAGUCACUUGAGGACAUGAGGGCACGACAACGUCAAGAGUUUGUGCAUCAUUUGGGGGGAGGACCGUACUUGGGAGGACGCAAGACAGUCUCCUUGGCGGAUCUGUCCGCCUUUUCGGUUCUGACCACUUUUCGAUUUUGGGGCCUGCACUUUGGUCCAGCGCCAUUCUUGCAACACAAAGAUACUGUAGCAUGGCUCCAUCGAGUUCAGGCCCAACUACCCAAUAAUCCAACUGUGAUGCCCGAUCGAUUCAUGGAAUGGUCGUUACCUUGCGUGUCAAAGCUAACUCAAGACGCGGGAGAUUCUAGCUAG